CGCAUGUCACCUAACCUGGAUCUAAAAAUAAAAACAAUACUGCAAUAGCAAUCUUGGCAUUGUAUUCCAACCGUCUCGCCGGAAAAAUGUAGACAGGUAAACGACGCAAUAUAUGUUUAAAUCAUCGUUGUGCAACCCAUCACGUUUGUAAAUAAACCAAAUCUGUAGAAGACAACAAACAUUUUAAACUAACCUCAACUUUCUCCAAAUGAAGGAGAUCACAGCAGGUAUCCAGUGAGAUUGUAUACGAAAAUGCCUGGAAAGGUGAAGGUAAAGAUAUUGGCUGGAAGGAAUCUUCCAGUCAUGGAUAGGUCAAGUGAUACUACAGAUGCUUAUGUUGAAAUUAAAUUGGGUAAUAUUACAUAUAAGACUGAUGUUUGCCGAAAAUCUUUACAUCCACAAUGGAAUUCUGAUUGGUAUAAAUUUGAGGUGGAUGAUUCUGAACUUCAAGAUGAACCAUUACAAAUCAGGUUAAUGGAUCAUGAUACAUACUCAGCUAAUGAUGCUAUUGGAAAAGUUUAUUUGGAUUUAAAUCCUCUUCUUUUACCUGCAACAAACUUACUGCGCCACAAUAUAGAAAAUACGAACGAACGCAAUAAUUCGACAAUGUCAGGGUGGAUUCCCGUUUAUGAUACAAUGCAUGGAAUCCGUGGUGAAGUUAACAUCAUCGUUAAAGUAGAAUUAUUUACUGAUUUUAACAAAUUUCGAUCAUCAUCAUGUGGAGUCCAAUUUUUUUGUUCGCCUGCGAUUCCCCAAGGAUUUUAUGCACAAAUUGUGCACGGUUUUGUGGAAGAACUCGUAGUUAAUGAUGACCCCGAAUAUCAAUGGAUUGACAAAAUCCGCACACCAAGAGCCUCCAACGAAGCUCGACAAACCCUUUUUUUCAAGUUAUCUGGCGAACUGCAACGAAAAAUCGGUCUUAAAGCUUUGGAUUUGGGAGGCAACGCUGUAAUUGGGUACCGACAAUCUUUUGAUUUGGAAGGAGAUUCCGGAAUCGUAGCUAGAGGCAUUGGAACAGCUGUUACGUUAAUUCGAAUACCGGAUAAUCAAUCGGUUAUUUCAACGGAAAAUAAUUAUAAUGAAGAGCGUGCACAUAGUUACGUAAAAUUCCUGUGCGCAGAUAAAGGCUUUCAUCUUAACAAAAAGCCACGAAAUCUGCCGCAUCUUAACAAAUUAUUCCAUCCCCCAUCCUUAUCCCGUUCCACACCUUCGCCAUUAAUAGCUCACAAAAACUUAAAUAAAUCCCUUUCGACCGGUGAAAUAAUCCCGAAAAAAUUAAUAAAACAAAACACCCAUAUCGAGUUCGCCCCGUUACCAAAGCCUUUAAUCAUUCAACAUAGUAAUUCGUUGCAAACACUUUUAAAACAAGAAGAUAUGCGUGGAGUGCCAAGUACUGGGUUAUCUCAACGUUUGAGAAACUUAAAAUAUCUUCAAAUUGGUAAAAAAUUAACCGGUUUAAAAGGAAAACGUUCGGCUGUUUCUGAACCGGGAAGCAGCGACGUCGAAAAAAGUCAAAAUAAAAUUAAGUAUCCAUUUCGAAGAACGAUCAGUGAUUCAAAUACAAUGGCUGAAGUUUUAGUGCGAUCAGUCUUACACGUUCAUAGUAGUUUAGAUUGUAUCAUGGAAGCUCCAAAUCCACCGCAACCAACAUUUAGAAAACAAAUAUCCUUAAACGAAUCAACACAAACAAAAGAUAGUUCGUAUUUAUCACUCCCCGAUGACUCAUUCGAUGCUUCUUCAAACCCCUCAGAAAUUUCCGAUAGUAGUUCAUCAGACGAUGAAGUUUCUGAGCCAAAAGAAACCACGGUUGAAUAUGACACAGUGAGCGGAAUCGUUAAAAACGUCAGAAGAUUAAGUAUGUUAAACGAAAAUGUUUCCGAAAUUAAUUUAACUGGAAAUUUCGGUGUUAUGGAAACUUGUUCCGAAAGUGAUAUUGAAAACAGUUAUAAAGAAAGUACCGUUUCACCCGAAGAUGAUCAAAAACCAUGGGAAUUUCCUGAUAAUAAAGUUUCUUUUACAGUAGGUGAUGAACAAGACGUUGAACCUGAAAAUAAUUCAACUAAAACUGAAAAUAAUUUAAUUUUGCAACCAAUAAUAAAAGAAGAAGCGAAAGAAAAAAGCUUAUUUAAAAUUGGUUUAGAAGCUAUGCUAUUAGAUAAAGUAAAUCUCAUGGGAACAUACACCCCCCCAACAUCACCAUCUAUUCAAACUCCAUCAAAAAAGUUCGAAUUGCCAGAAAAAAAUGAAUCAUUUUUUCCAAAAAUUCAAAAAACGUUCGAAAAUAUACGAAGAAACUCAACCAGCAUGUCUCUAAUCGAUUUAGAUAAAACCAACAUAAAACGAACGAAUUCAUUAAAUGAAAUUUCAAACAGAGGGAAAAUACAAAAAGUGAAAAAAAGUGUUUUAUCUUUACAGCAUCACGAUACGGUUUUAGGAGCCCCCUUUAUUUCCCUUCGCAACAAACACGUUGAAAUGAUGACUCGAAAUACAAAAAGUAAUAGCAUAGCUAAUUCUCCAACAGAAAACGAAUUUAAACACCGAUUCACAUCUUUGCAUAACAUUAAUAUAAAAACAUCGGGGCAUCAUAGCUUUCUAACGAAAGCUGAAAAGAAAGUUAAGGAUGUGAUUCAAACGCCGUUUUUAUUGUUGCAAAAUUUGCAUUGGGAACGAAAACGAAAUGAUGAGAAAAAAAGGAAUAGUUUAGAACGCGGUUUACUUGGCACGGCGCUUCAAAAUGUUUUAAGAGAUACCGUUAAUGAUAUUUUAAUUACAUCACACGUUGGUAAAAAUGACGAUAAAAAUGAUAUAAAUAGUAAAAAUGACUCCCAAGAAUUAUCCAUACCUAUAUUAACGCCAGCAUUGCCUACUAUCAAUAUGGAAAUUGAAGGCAUCACUAGUGCUAAUAAGUUGCAUGCAAGCUUUUCCCCUUUUGAUAGGCCUGUUGGAUCACCACAACAAUCGGAAACAACCAACAACCGCUACGAACAAGGACAUCAACGAACCGAAUCGAUGGGUGCUAAAAUAUCACAAAGUCCGGCCAAACUCAACGCUAUUUCUUGCAUACACAGGAGAUCAUCCGAUUCUGAUCUCAGUAUUACUCCUAAAGGAAAUAGCCUAACCGGAAGUGACCGAUCAACAGGUAACGCUGGGAUGCAAAUGAUGAUAAAAAAAGCUUUCGUACGCACAACCGCUCCACACGAAAAUUUUGAAUAUCUCGAAUAUCCAUUUUUAACAAUGGCUAGUUAUCCACCUGGGUUUAUUUGUUAUCUUGGUGGUGUUGUUUGCGCGAGAUCAGUUAAACUCCUCGAACGCAUAACAAAUUUGGAAGAGCCAGAAUCGAGAGAUACGUGGUGGUCCGAAAUUCGCAUGGAAAUCCGGUCGCACGCCAGAUCAUUAAGUUGUAACGCGGUGUUAAAUUACAUGGAAACCACCACGAUUUGCGACGACGUUUGCGUAUUGAGCGCCUCAGGAACCGCCGCUGUGAUCGGUUUUCAUUAUUCUAGUCGCGAUAGUCUUAGUAGAUUACCAAGUUUAUCUAGACACCAAACCAAAGAUGUUAAUGAAAGAUUAGAUGAACACAAAAAAUCAGAAAACGUUAAUAUUCCAAAAAAUUUAUCUGAAAGUCCCGACAGAGAUUCCUUGCCUAAUUUGGGGAUGUCUAAUCUUCAAUGCUCAAUUUGUCACGUUCCUUAUUUAGGAACUGUUAAUGUUAGUUCUGUUUCAAAGUGUCGAAUGUGCAACAACGGAAAAGUACCAGAAGUAUUAAUAACAACGAUAGAAAUUCCUGAAGGAAUACCAAUAAUAGGUCGUGGUUGUUUUUUGCAAUCAUACGUUUGUCGGCCUAUUAAGGAAUUAAAAGGUGAAUCAUACGCUAAAGAAAUAUCUGAUGGUCUUCCAUUUUUGGAAUACGAAUUACAUCGAAUUUUGAUAAAUAAGUUAAAAGUGAAGGGGAUGAACGCUGUUUUUGGGUUGAAAGUAAGGAUUUCAAUCGGAGAAAAGAUGGUUAUUGGGAUAGCGACGGCGACUGCCGUGUUUUUAUCGGCUUUACCAACGCCUCCUUUACCCAAAUUAGUUUCUGAUCGAUCAUCCGAUGAUAAAAAAUUAGCUAAUUUGCAAAAAGAAUUGCACGAAACUGUUCAAAAGAAUAAAGAGGUUUAUCAGAUUAAGUCAAUUAAAUACGACGAUGAUUUUUCAAAUGGAAGGAAUUUAUCCGAUACUGAAGAAUCUGAAGAUGAACAGCCUAUAAUUGAAAUAAAUUCAGGAAAAGAUUGUUGCGUUUUAGAAAUUGAAGACCCAGAAGAUGCGGAAGUUUUAAAUUUAUUAAUAGACGCACGUCCACCAGAUGGUUUUCACGUAGUUAACACGGAAGUUGUUCCCGGUUUGGAAGAUUUAGAAAUAGUUAAAAACCUUCAAAUGUUUAUACAAAUAUGCCGAGAAAAAAUUCAACCUCCUUAUAGCAUAGAUAAAAGUUUUCAUCGAUUACUUGAAACCGUUUAUUUCAAAUUGCGCAGAAUGAUUCCUUGCGCAUUAUGCGAUUUACAAUUCCGGGUUGAAAGCCCCGAACCGGAUGAAAUUCAACUCUGCGUUGUAGGGAUGGCUCUUGGGUUGGGCGAUCCACCGAAAGGUGUUAUUAAACGGAAGCUGAAACCGAUUCUUUCAAAACGAAACGAAGAGGAGUUAAUUUUUAAUUUAGAAGAAAUUAAUCAAAUACCAGAAAACAGCGUUUUUCAAACGCCACCUCAUUCUACACUGUUACACGGCCAAUUAUCGAAACAUCGGCAAAAAUCGCCGCAAAGAAAAAAACAAGCUACUCAAAGACAUAUGCCGCAUCGUGAGAGACAUGGGGUUGAUAUAACACCGUUAUCUUAUGUGCCUGGAGGUCAAAUUGAGAGGUAUCUAGGUAAAUUAAAUUUUUUCUUCAUCCGAGAAACGACGUCGAUACGCGAAGAAGGGGGAACGAGUGGAUUUAUCCACAGUUUUAUAACUGAAAUUUUGGCUAUUGUAAGGGCGCAUGUCACGGCUUUGGGAGGAAACGCUAUGGUUGCUUAUUUUAUGACGGAAUGUGUUUUAAAUCAUAAUCCCCAUAAAAAUCAGGGACAAUGUUUAAUAAAUAUUGGAGGAGAUGUGGUUCAUGUUUCUUACUAUUCAGGUGGUGAGCAAUGAAGAGUGUUAUUUUUUUGAAUAAAAAAAUGAUAGGAAAAUAUUUUAAUGACGAUGAGUAUUUUAAAUAAAUAAAUAUCUAAUUUUAUAUGGUUAAAGCUAGUCUUAAAUUUUCGUGUACUUAAAAACGUUGUAUUUAUUUAUUUAUUGUUGCAAAAAAAAUAAAGAAAAACAACCAAGUUAAUUCAAAAAA